GCAGCGCGUGAGGAUGAUGCCAGCCAGAGAUAGAUGGAUUGGCGAGGGAGGAAAAAAACUGCACAGUGACACAACUAGAGUAAAGAGGAGGCGGUUGAUGAGUGAGAGUAAAAACUGAGAGAGUUACGGAACAAAGGAAAAAUAAAGAGCAGAGGGGAACAGGAAAUAGCCGGAAACUCGCCGCUGGCUGGUUCUUUUUGUGCCCGCACCGAUGUCCGAGGCCCGCCCGGUGCCAGCUGAAGACAGUCGACCGAGGCAGAGCGCACAGGCACGGUCACUGGAGUGGAAAGCUUCGGGGAGCGGACACCGCUGGAGCUCUUCUUUGUGACUCAGACUCUAUGCAAGGACAUUGCAGCUCAUUGUUUUCACAAGUGGAAGUGGCUGUGUCCUGUGAUCGGACGGUGACCUGUUUUGCUGUCCAGUGAUGGAUUCACCCACAGAUCUUUUCAGUGACUCUGCUCCCCAGAUACACGCCUUUGCUCCCACCCACAGCGCUACAGAUCUCCCAGGAGUUCAUCCUUCGCCCAGUGCAGGUCGCCCUCCUCCUGCCUUCAGACCCCCCGGCUUCCCCCUCAUCCACCACCUCCUCCAGCCUGGUGGAGCCCAGAGGAGGAUCGGAGGGCAACUUAACACAAACCCGAGUGCACACAGACACCUAGAGGACAGAAAUUUGGAGGAAGACAGGGAAGAGAGGGAUGGACAGGUGGAGCAAGGUAUGGAAGGAGGAGAGGAUGGAGUGCUGGAGGGAGAGGACAGCUUGUUGGGGGUUAAGAAGAGGCACAGUGAUUCCGCCCUCGCGGCCGAGUGGAGUCAGGAUGUCUUGAAAGUGAAGAGGAUGAAGCUGGAAAGCCGGCCGAGAGAUGGAGAGAUGGAGGAGGGAGGGAGGAGGUGCGAGGGGGGGAGGGAGGGGAAGAGAAGAGAGAGGGAGGAGCUGAAAGAACAGCUGGAGGAGGCAAGAGAGAGACUGCAGGCCCUGCAGGAGAAAGUAUGGAGGGCUUUUGGGGAAAAGCACAUGGCAGAGGAGGAGAGGAAAAGGAGGUGCAGAAACAGAGAUAGAGGAGAUGCUGGGAUGAUGGAGGAGGAGGACAUCACAGAGGGGAUGUAUGAUGAAGAGGACAUUGACGGUGGAGAGCUGGAAAAGGAAACAUUCUCCCUUCUUUCUGUUUCUCCUUUUGACAACUUCCACAAGCAGAGAGAGGAGAGGCAAAAAGACAGAGAGGGGAGGACGGAGAGAGGAAGAGGAGGGUUGCAGUUGGAGGGAGUGAUGGAAGGAGCAGGGUUGUGGUUGGAUUGUGGCGGGCUGGUGAGAGGAGACUGGCAAGGAGGGAUAGAAGACGAGGGUGAGGAGGGAGGGCAGAAGUUUGCUCAGGCACUGAAGCUGGAGUUGGGGAGCGCUGUGGCUCGAGUCAUCGACCGAGUCCUCCGCCUUUACACCGAGAUGACUGAUGUCGCUCCUUCAUCUCCUCCUGCUGCCAUCUCUUUUCUCCCGUCUGACGCAGGAAAUGAUGGAGGGAGGGAGAGGGGAAUGUGGAUGGGACUUUUAACAAGAGGAAGAGGGGAGGAGAAAAUGAGAAGUAAGGAGGAGAAGACAGGAAAGCAGGAUGCAGAGAAGGAGCUCCAAAAGAGGAGUAACACUUUGCCUCCAGGGCAGCCCAAUCUCAAUGAAGCAUCAGAUGUGGCAAUCCCAUUGGCUGUUCAAAGGUCACCUGACAUACGAAAAGCCCACCCUCUCCUCGGCCCACCUCUCUCUACUCAUCUAAAUCCCUCUCAUCCGAACCUCUCCCUCCAUCACCCCUCCUUACCUCGCCCUCCUCCUCUUUCUCAUCCUCCCCUCCUAGCUCCAGCUUCACAACCCAAAGACCUCUCCACCUCCUUCCACCCAUCCUCCUCUUCUUCCUCUUCCUCCUCAUCUUCCUUCCCCGCGCCUCCCCCUCCUCCUCCUCCUCCUCCUCCCCCUCCUCCCCCUCUCCCCCUCCUCCCCCACUCCAUGCAGCAGCUCUUCUCUCGCUCCCUCCACCACCCCCAACUCCCCCACCUCCCCCCGUCCCGCAAGGACUAUUUAAACUCCGACCCUUUCUUGGAGUUCUCGUCUCACCCCUCGUCUCACCCGUCUUUCCCACCGCUCCCCUUGCUCGGUCACCUGGACGCCUCCCUUGCACGCCACGCUCACGGAGGCAGGGAGAGAGGGAUGAGGGGAGACGGCGGGAUGAGAGGAGGAGGGAUGGAUGGAGGAGAGCUCUUCCUGACUGCUGGAGGAACCCAGGAGGGCUUGUCUCCCUGCCACCUGAAGAAAGCUAAGCUCAUGUUCUUCUACACCCGCUAUCCCAGCUCCAACACACUCAAGACCUUCUUCCCCACUGUCUAGUUUAACCGCUGCGUGACCUCCCAGAUGAUUAAAUGGUUCAGCAACUUCAGAGAGUUCUUCUACAUCCAGAUGGAGCGCUUUGCACGACAGGCUGUCCGCGAGGCUCUCACCCGGGAUGGUGCACCUCGUCUGGGCAGAGACGGUCAGCUGCGAGUGGGCAGAGAUACAGAGCUCUACCGCAUACUGAACAUGCACUACAAUAAAAGUAACGUCUAUCAGGUGCCAGAGAGGUUUAUCGAGGUGUCAGAAGUCGCUCUGAGGGAGUUUUACUCAGCCAUUUGGACUGGGAGAGACAGCGACCCCUGCUGGAAGAAAGGGAUCUAUAAAAUUAUCUGUAAGCUUGACUCCCCGGUACCAGAUGCCUUCAGACUACCGGGUUGUCCUGUUGGCUGAUGAUACUUUAAUCUGGUACAUGUAUAAGAAUGCAUGCAUGAAAAACACAAACUCACUGAAAGAAGGGAAUUGUAUUAAAGCAUUCAUAAUCUGUGAGAACUGGUGAGAGGAAAUCAAAUCAUUUCUUCAGUUCGUUCAUAAUUCAUUCAGUUUGAGAAAAAAAAGUUUGACAUAGUGUGCAGGGAAAGACUCAUAGAUGCUUAAAUGGACAGACACUCACAGUGAAAACUGACACCCUCAGUGCUUUGAUAAGAGCCUUGUGACUGCA